UUGUGAAUAUGAUAGUUUUUUCAUAUAAAUGUAUUAUCGUUUAUAAAAUAAUUAAUUAUUACAAAGCUAAUGAUGUAAAAAACUUUGUGUAAUCAUAUAAAAAUGUAUAAACAUCUAGCAGCACGAGUUACGAAACGAAUAUCUCCACAUGGUAUUUCUACAAUGCCAAAGCAAAUAAUUAUACAGAGAUCAAUGCGUUUGUGCUCUUUUUGUAACUUCUACCACGGAAAAAUAUCAAAAUAUAUAAAACAUUAUCAAAUUUGUACUUAUGCUACAACAGUAAAUAUAUUGGGUCAUAUUCCAAUAAAGAAAAAAGUUAAACAAAAAACAAAAAAAUAUGCUGAAUUAUUAGCAGUGACAAAUAAAACAGCAAGUAAUAAAAGAACUGAAGUACAAAAAUUAUCAGUGUGUAAUUUAUCCAUGUAUAUUGAUAAAUGUGAUAUUAAUACAAAUAAUUCAUAUGAUGUUAAAGACUCUAUACAUAAUCAACCCGUUGACUCAAAAUAUACAAAUGAAGAUUAUAUUUGUGAUAAUAAAAUUUAUUUGAAUAUUGAUAACCACAUAGAUGAAAUUACUAGAAAUGAAAUGGAAGAUAAGAAGAAAACAAAUUUUAAUAACUGGGAUAACUGUAAUGAAAUUAAUGAUAAUCUCCUCCAAAACAGUUCUACUUUUCCUUUUGUCAAAACAAUUAACUCAAAAGAAAAACAAAAGUUAAACAAUAUAUUGAAGUCAAAUAUAAAUAAUACAUUACCACAAAAAAAGAUAGGAUCACAUGAAACUAAAAAUAAGUAUGGAUUAGAAAAUUAUGUUACAAAUUUAAUAGCAUAUAUGGAAGUUUAUUUGAACUGUGGAUUGUUAAGUAGAGCAAAUAACACCUUAAUGAAAUAUAGGAAAUAUACUCAAAAUACUUUGAAAUGUGAUAAAGGUAUUGAACUUUAUAACAUACUUUUAGAAGCUUAUGCUUUUAGAAGGAAAAUAAUGAAAGUUUUAGAGUUAUAUGACAUAAUAAAAAAAGAUUCUUUAAUACCGACACCACAAACUUACGCAUAUAUAUUUGAUGCUUUCGGAAGAGAAAGUAUAAAUAAAAAACAAAUAGAAUUAUUGAAAACUUUGAAUGCUGAAAUGAAAAAUUACAAUAUAUCUUUUAAUGAUAUCUUUAAUAAAUCAUGUUUUAAAAAUGAUCAGCAAGAAAAUAUAUUAAAGGUAAUUAGUAUGUUGACACCAAAUUUCCAACCAUCAUAUGCAAUAUUAAAUACAGAAUAUAGUUGCUAUCUUCUAAAAAAUAUUUCACUGAAAAAUAAUUAUGAGAGUCCAGUGGAGGAACUAUUAACUAUGAAAGAAUUAAAAGAUUGUUUUAAAAUGCAAUUUCAAAAUGAAUUAUCUAUUGAUGUGCAGAUUCCAAGUAUUAUACCAAAUGAGGAAAAUAUAGAAACUAAUUCAGAAAAAAAAAUUAUAGAAAUAGAAAAUUGUUGGAAAAAUGUAGCAUUAGCUGCUUUUGAACGGAAUUUAAAAUGUUUGAAACAAAAGGAGUGUCGUCAUAAUACUUUAAUGGUUUUGUAUCCAUUCUUAGAAGUUUUGGAUAAAGAAGUCUAUGUAAAUGCUAUAUUGCAAGAAAUUAGACAAAUAGUUGCAGGAUCAGAAACUUAUAGUACAUCUCUUAAAUUAUUAUAUAUUACAUUAGGAAAAUUCAUUUAUAGGAAGUAUGAGAUGGAAAUAAAAAAGCGGACUGGAUUGUUAGAUAAGAUAACUAGAAUUUAUUCAAAGUACCUUGAGUGGUACUUACAUCCUAAAAAUAUAGAAUGUUUAAGUAAUACAAAUAAUCGUACCAUAUGGCAAUAUUUUGAAUAUAAAGAAGCAAAAUACGGUACAUCUUUGAAUCUUAUUUGUUUAAAUUGGCCUAUGGAUGUCAUUAUAAAUAUCGGUAAAUUUUUGUAUAAUAUUAUUUUGAAUGAUAUAAUGCUCCAACCUGAGAUUUUAAAAGGUCAAGAUAUAAAAAAUUCUAUUCCUGCAUUUUACACAUUGUUUAGAAAUAAAGGAAAUUAUUUAUCUGAACAGAUUAAACCUCAUCCUUUUGUAACAAAAUUAUAUAAGAAAAUACAUUUAAAAACAUUAAACUUUGAUUCAGUUUUAUUACCUUCUUAUGCACCACCAACUCCAUGGAUUUCAAUCUAUAGAGGGGGAUAUCUUAUAACAAAAACAGAUUUUACAAGAAUAUCAAAUAAUUCUGAUAGUUCAUGCCAUUAUCUUCAAUCUACAGAAACAGAACAGCUAUUUCCUAUAUUCGAUUCAUUAAAUCAACUAGGUUCUAUUCCAUGGAAAGUGAAUACUGUUAUACUUGAUAUCGUAAUUAAGAUUUUUCAAAAUGGUGGUUCUACAGAAUUGGGUAUUCCUCAAUCAGUUUCUGUGUUAUCUCCACCAUGCUCCAUAAGUAAAAAUGCUACGGUUGAAGAGAAACAAAAAGCAGCAAUAGCAGCAGCUCAGUAUAGAAAAAAAAAAUUUGAUAUGUAUUCUUCAUGGUGUGAUACUCUUUAUAAGCUAUCCAUUGCCAAUCAUCUUAGAAAUAAAAUAUUUUGGCUGCCACAUAAUGUGGAUUUUAGAGGGAGAACCUAUCCACUUUCUCCUUAUUUAAAUCAUCUAUCAUCUGAUUUGGGUCGUUCUUUGCUUUUAUUUGCAAAAGGAAAACCUCUAGGUCCAAAUGGAUUAAAGUGGUUAAAACUACAUGUUAUUAAUUUAACUAAUUUCAAGAAAGGAACUUCGGUUAACAGCCGCCUUGAAUAUGCAGAUCAGAAUAUGGAGAAUAUAAUAGAUAGUGGUACUAAACCUUUAACAGGCAAAAUGUGGUGGACACAAUCAGAAGAACCAUGGCAAACUCUAGCUGGCUGUAUAGAAAUAACAAAUGCAUUAAAAGCACCAAAUAUAGAAAAAUAUAUAACUACAUUUCCAGUGCAUCAAGAUGGAAGUUGUAAUGGUCUUCAACAUUAUGCAGCACUUGGUAAAGAUCAAAUUGGUGCAGAAAGUGUUAAUCUAUAUCCAUUUGAUGUUCCAAAAGAUGUAUAUUCUGCAGUUGUUUCGAUUAUUGAAGAACAACGACAAAUGGAUGCGAAAAAUAAUGUUAAAAUUGCACAAAUAUUAGAAGGAUUUAUAAAAAGAAAAGUUAUAAAACAAACUGUGAUGACAACAGUAUAUGGUGUUACAAAAUAUGGUGCAAAAUAUCAAAUUGCAAAACAAUUAAAAGAUAUGGACAAUUUUCCAGAGGAAUAUGUUUGGCCUGCUAGUAUAUACUUAACUGAAAAUACAUUUCACAGUUUAAGAAAAAUGUUUCAAAGUGCAAGACAAAUUCAAGAUUGGUUUAUUACAUGUGCACAAAUCAUUUCUUCUGUUUGUGGUGAAAAUGUAGAGUGGAUUACUCCCUUGGGUUUUCCUGUUAUACAACCUUACGUCAAACUACAAAAAAUUUCAACAAAUUAUAUUUGUAGGAAACCUGAUGCAGUAAAGCAACGUAAUGCAUUUGCACCAAAUUUUAUACACUCUCUGGAUUCUACUCAUAUGAUGCUUACUGGUUUAUACUGUACCAGAAAAAAUGUCACUUUUGUUUCAGUACAUGAUUGUUUUUGGACUCAUCCUUCUACCAUAGAUAUCAUGAAUAAAAUAUGCAGAGAACAAUUUGUUGCUCUUCAUUCUGAACCCAUUCUUGAAAAUUUAGCUAAAUUUUUUAUGAAACGAUAUUCACCAAUUUAUUUGAAGCUAAAUUCUAAAAACUGUGCAGUAGAAAAAAUACACGAAUCUUUAAACAGAGUACCACAAAAAGGCACUUUUGAUAUCAAUCACGUUUUAUCAUCUACAUAUUUUUUUAAUUAA